GAAAAUUCGGCAUUCUGUUAAUUCUGUAUUAUUUUACUAUUUUAUAUAUUGUUGUGUUCCUAUUGCCCAAUUCUACAUAAUCUUUGGGUAAAAUAAAAAUUAACUAUAGAAAGAACAUAAAAAGGUGAUAUUUGGUUUGCUGAAAUUGAAAAACCAUUAUAGGGUUCUCAUCAUGUGGCGAAGCAAACUAGCCCUUAAUAAGUUGCGCCCCUUUGUUCAAAAUGCCUCCAGACGAAUGAGCCAAGUUGAAACAAAAGUUUCAGAAACUCGAGCAGACAUCAGCGGUUUAGUUCCAAAUGAAAAAAUCCACGGGUUUAUAGUGAAAAAUGUCAAAGAUAUUCCAGAAUUCCGAAUCCGUGCCAUAUAUUUGGAACACGAAAAAACCAAAUCCGAAUAUUUGCAUUUAUAUCGUGACGAUAGCAAUAAUUUAUUUUCUAUUAACUUUAGAACGACUCCCACCGAUAGUACCGGUGCGCCACAUAUUCUCGAACAUACAGUACUGUGCGGUUCAAAAUUAUUUCCAGUGAGAGAUCCGUUUUUUAAAAUGCUAAACAGGUCCUUGGCCACUUUUAUGAACGCCAUGACAGGAUCGGAUUACACAAUCUACCCUUUUAGCACUCAGAAUUAUUCAGACUAUAAAAAUUUACAAAGAAUCUAUUUAGAUGCCGUUUUUAAUCCUGUACUAAGCGAAUCAGAUUUUAUGCAAGAGGGAUGGAGAUUGGAAAAUAAGACAGUAAGCGAUCCAAAAUCUGAUUUAGUCAUCAAGGGAGUAGUUUACAAUGAAAUGAAAGGAGUAUUUUCCGAAAAUGAAAAUAUAUUUGGCCAAAAACUGCAAAAUAUGAUUUUACCAGAUCAUACUUAUGGGGUAGUGUCAGGUGGUGAGCCGUCAGUAAUUCCCAAUUUGACUUGGGAAGGCCUAAAAGAAUUUCACAGAGGGCAUUACAAUCCAAGUAAUUGUAGAUGCUUGUCAUAUGGUAAUUUUCCAUUAUUACCAUCAUUAGAGUAUAUUAACGAAACAUAUUUUAAAAAUUACGCCUAUUCACAUCCAAUCAAUACAGUUGUCCCUAAGCAAAAACGUUGGUCAGAACCAAAACGUGAACAUAUAACUUCCAGAUUCGAUGCGAUGGCAGAAAAGUUUGAAAAACAAAACACCAUUGGCAUUUCUCUAUUACUCUCUGAUUGUACAGAUGUUUAUGAAACGUUUUUAAUGCAAUUCAUUACUCAAUUGCUUAUAAAAGGACCCAAUGCUGCUUUUUAUAAGACUCUUAUUGAACCUAAUUUUUCUAGUGGAUUUACACCUUCCACUGGUUUGGAUACUCAAUCACGUGAUACUGUUUUCACUAUAAGUCUAAAAGGCAUUACAACUGAAGACUUUAGUAAAAUAGAAGGCAUUUUCAAUAAAACUAUUGACGAGGUUAUCGAAAAAGGUUUCACAAAUGACCAUAUUGAAUCUGUGUUGCAUAGUUAUGAGUUGAUGUUAAAACACGAAAGUAAGAAUUUCGGUUUGAAUUUGUUAUUUGGCGUAACUGCUCUGUGGAAUCAUUCUAAUGAAGUUUUAACAGCAUUGGAAGUGAAUGCUGUUAUUGAAAAGUUGAGGUCGGAACUGAAAAAUAAUCCCAAGUAUUUGCAAGAGACAAUCAAAACUUAUUUUAAAGAGAAUAAUCAUAAGUUGGUUUUAACCAUGUCGCCCGAUAAAGAGUAUGAGGUUAAGUUGGAAAAAGCAGAAAUUGAUUUGAUUAAGAAGAAAACUAAAAAUUUGGGCGAUAAAGAUAAGAAAGUAAUUUUCGAAAAGUGCUUGGAGCUUCAAAAACUCCAAGAAGCUACACAAAACUCAAAUCUGCUACCGACAUUACAAAUGGACGACAUAAACUCUGACAUUGAAAAAAUCAACAAAGUUACUGUUUGCAUAAACAAUGUACCCACUCAAAUAAACAAAGUGAAUUCAAACGGUUUAAUUUAUUUCAAGUCGGUUCUGAAUACCAGCGACCUAUCACAAGAACAACACAUGUUACUACCGCUGUUUUGCUAUAUUAUUAAUAAAAUGGGCACCGACAAGUUGGACUAUAAAGAAUUCGACAAUCUUGUCAGCAGAAAAACUGCCGGAUUGAAUUUCAAUGUACACAUUGCUGACAGCUUGUAUCAUCUUCAUACAUAUGAACCGGGAAUAUUUUUGUCCAGUUACUGUUUGGAGAAGAAUGCUGAGAGUAUGUGGGAUUUGUGGCAGCAAUUGUUCAAUAUGACUAAAUUACAGGAUAUUGAUAGAUUUAGAAUGCUCGCUCAACUCUACAUGGCUAAUCUAACCCAUGGCAUUACCGAUUCUGGCCAUAUUUACGCCAUGCAAACAGCCGCAAGUCUAGUGUCUGGAUCCGCAUAUCAAGUAGAAUUGUUGUCUGGAUUACAGCACAUAUCUUAUAUGAAACGGUUGCUUCACACUUCCAAUUAUAAAGCUAUGCUAGAUGAAAUUUUGGAAAUUGGAAGAUUGCUGUUUGAUAGAAGGAAAAUGAGGGUUGCACUUAAUAUAUCUGCAGAAAAUCAAAACCAAAUCUUACAUGGUUAUGAAAAUUUCAUUACCAAACUACCAGGAAAUGAACUUCAAAUUGUUGGUCAACAAAAAAGUGAAAAUUCCUAUGUUGUGGGCCAAAUAUGGUCUCCUUCGGAUUCAGUGAAUUGCCAACAUCACAUUUUAAAUAUUCCAGUGAAUUAUUGUAGCAAGGCUGUUUUGACUGCUCCCUAUACAAAACCUGAGUACGCUUCCUUAAAGGUUCUAGCAAAAUUACUUUCCGCUAAGUAUUUGCAUCCGGAACUGAGAGAAAAACACGGAGCCUAUGGAGCUGGAGCCAGAUUAGCAGCUGACGGAGUAUUCUCAUUUUACAGCUACAGAGAUCCAUUUAAUGUCGAAACAUUGGACGUUUUUGAUAAUUCAUAUGAUUGGCUCAAAACUAACUUGAAAGACGUCAAAGAUCAAGACUUACUGGAAGCCAAAUUAGGCGUUUUUCAGGAAGUCGAUGCUCCUGUACCGCCAAGUUCGAAGGGCUGUGACGAUUUCCUGAGAAAAUUAAGUUCAGAAGUAUUACAAAGACACAGAUCUGAUUUAAUGGCAGUUAGCAAGAAAAAUAUUGAAGAUGUUAUGGAAGAAUAUUUGGGAGAUCAAAGUAAUUUGAAAUCGGGAAAAGUGGUUUUGGGACCUAAAAAUGAAGCCUUCAAUUCCACUUCGAGGAAGAAUGAAAUCUGGACUUUAGUUGAUAUUGCAUAGAUUUUAGUGUUGUUUGCCAAAUGUUUAUAAUAAAUUUGUUUUUUUU